AUGGACUUUGAUUUGAUAGAAGAGCAAAUAAACAAGAUUGAAGAGGAGUUAGAAAGAUAUAAGCAUAAUGAAUUACAAAAAGUCAGUAAAAUAAAAAGCAAAAUAAAUUUAUUUGAUCGAACCAUAAAGGAAUUAAAUACAAAAAAAUGUAGGAAAAGUUUUGAAAAUGUCUAUAAAUCAUUAGAAAAACAAAAAAAAGAAAAAUUCAAUGAAAAAAAAAUAUAUACAAAAAAUGGUAAGGAUAUUUUUACAGAAAUUAAGUUGAUAAAACAGGAAGAAGAAAAAAAUUAUAAUUUUAUAAACAAGUCAAUUAAAUUUAAAUACAAUAUAAAUGAUGUUGCAAAUGAAAUAAAAGAAACACUUAAUAUUUUUAAUAUACAAAGAAAUGAUAUAUUUAAACAAAUUUUUGAAAAGAUAAACAAAUCCAAAAAUAUAUCAUUAGCUGAUUAUAAUAAAUAUUUACAUUUACAAAAAGAGAUAGACAUUUUAUUGGCCUUGGUAAAUAAAAAUGCAUUAAUGGAAAUAUUUGUGUUUGCGAAAAAUUUACAAUUUUUUCAAAAUUCAAUGAUAAAUAUGUUUAACCAAUUUAAUCAUCAAAUAGAAAAUACAAUUACAGACAAACCGAUUUAUAAAAAUGACUCAUAA